AUGACGAAGUAUGUCAAUCGUGUGGCCGGUGGGCCACUAAACGAGGCAUGCGGCCCGCUGACCGUUUUCUUGGACGUGAGGAUCGGAGACAAAGAUGUUGGCAGGAUAGUGAUUGGCCUCUUUGGAAAAGUUGUGCCCAAGACGGUGGACAAUUUUGUCGCUUUGGCCACAGGGGAGAAAGGAUAUGGAUAUAAAGGAAGCAAAUUUCAUCGUGUCAUCAAAGAUUUCAUGAUUCAAGGAGGAGACUUCACCAAUGGGGAUGGCACUGGCGGUAAAUUGUCUUUUGUAUUUUUCCCGCUUUUCUCUCCCCAGACAGUGGUCCACUCCAUAGAACUUCAGGCAACUGAUGGGCACGACCGCCCACUCACCGACUGCUCCAUCGUCAACAGUGGCAAGAUAGACGUGAAAACACCCUUUGUGGUUGAGGUCCCCGACUGGUGAUGCAGCUGGCAGGAAACAAGGAACAUACUCUAUCAGGGUGUGCGUGCGAGCGUGCAUGUGUGCGGGUCUUUUGAUUCUUCAAAGUUACUGUUUUGCUUUGUCUUUCUACUCUCUUCUGUUUUCCACACCAGAUCACAGGAGAGUUAUAAAAAUCAACCAAAGUUUAUUUUGCAUGAAUUUUGUUAAAUCACUUGUUUAGGAACUUUGUACUUAAAAGACAUACCCCCCUUCCUUCAAUGGUGCUAUUUUUAAACUAGAAAACUUGGUAUUCGCUAUUUUCUUUGGAAGAACACAAUCAUUAUUUUGCUGAAUUAACUGUGAUCCCCAAGUUAGGUGAUACUGAAGAUUUGUCAGGAAAAGAUGGGGACGUGUAUUGUUUUGUAUUUAAACAGAAUUCAUUUUAGGUAAAGGGAGAUUUGAUUAGUAUAAUCUGAUAUAUGUCAUAGGAACCUUUACCUGAUGCAGGGUGCUUUGAUGUUCUCUGUAUUAAAUACUUUUUAUAUAGAUCAA